AUGGAAAAGGGCACGAGCACUCCGAGGGAGGUGAUUAACCUGUUUCGGUACUGGUACGGGCAUCAAACCAACCAGGUGAGAUGGGCGGGCGUGCACUCGUACGUGUACAGGUUGGAGUGCGGGGUGAGGCAGGGUGGACUCACCUCGCCGCGCUUAUUCAAUCUGUACAUGGAUGAGCUGAUUGCUGGACUCAGCAGCACGAAUAUCGGAUGUUCCUUAGGUGGCACGACAGUGAACAACAUUAGCUACGCAGAUGAUAUGGUGCUGCUGUGUCCAUCAAUCAGUGCGCUAGUGAAACUUUUAAAGGUGUGUGAAGAUUAUGCGGUGGCUCAUGGUCUGAGGUACAACACAAGUAAGAGCGAACUGUUAGUUUUCAUAGCAGGUAACAAGGCUUUUGACGAUCUAUCUCCUGUCAGCUUGUGUGGUGUCGCUCUUAAAAGGGUGACGCGCUUUAAGUAUCUCGGACACUGGGUGACCGAUAAUCUCCACGAUGAUGUAGACAUAGAGAGGGAGCGCAGGGCGUUGCCGGUGCGUUGUAAUAUGUUGUCUCGCAGGUUUGCGCGAUGUAAUGGGAAUGUCAAAGUAACGCUAUUUAAAGCGUCUUGCCAGACCCUUUACACGUGCAGCCUGUGGACAAAUUAUACUAAAAGAGCCUUCAAUGCCCUUCGCAUCCAGUACAACAAUUGGUUCAGGAUGCUGUUGGGACUGCCUCGUUUUUGCAGCGCGUCCGGUAUGUUCGCGGAGGCGCACACUGACAGCUACGGUGUGAUAAUAAGAGAACUGCCUCAUUGA